GAAUGCUGCUACGACAUGGCUUGGCUGUACAAGUUUCUCAGGUCCUAUAACAAUGCAACUUCUAUCUGACCUACCGACUGCCUUUGAGAAGUGCCAAAAUCCUAGCAUGACGGAGUUUGCUCGCCAGCAUGUCCGACGCUGAACAAAUGUCGCCCGGCGAGACGACAGCCGGCGCAUUGGCUGCCGACAUCGACAAGCUGCGCGAACAAGGUUCCCGCACACCACGACCAUACCUACUGGAGGGACAAGAGGUUCUGCAAGAUGGAACCGAAAUUCGCGACCGCCACAACCUAACUCAGGCCGACGGCCACGCUGAUGAUUCGAAGCGCCGAAAUGGCACAACCAACCGUCGUAUCUCAGACACAAACGGGCACAAUCGGAUCCGACAACCAUCUAGGCCUGGCAUUGAAAGUGGAUCAGAGGCUGACGAUGAGCGACCCACCCUUGUGAAAGCUCUGCCACCAUCGGUACUUCGGCCAAGGAAGGGUCUCAAGACCGGCGAGGAUGACGAAGAUGCACUGCUCACCCCUUCUCAGCUCGACGAUGAAGGAAGGCGUCUACCAGACAAUUUUGAAGAGCAAGGCUAUGCGGUACAUGUGAGAUCCAAAUCUGAGGAUGCAGCGGAACUGGAAGUCUUGCGUCGCCGCCGUCUCGCUGAGUUCCUGCGAAGAUUGUCAGAGGUCGCACUCAUGGUUGCCAUCGUGCUGGUCGUCCUUUGCGGCCGAGGAGUCGCAAGAGUCGCAUGGCAGUGGAGUCUGGAGAUUCUGACACACGUCAUCAUCGUCGUGGCCUUGAUCGUGGCCUAUCCGAUCAAGCUCUCGAUUGUGGAUGAGCAUGCGCGGCCAGAGAGGCUAUGGCAACGCUUCCGUGUGCCUGCAUCAUUCGAUCCAGCCACGGUACUCUAUCCCCCGAUAUUACCUCUCCUCGUUGCUUUGUCAGUUGCACCCUUGAAUCCGGCCGUGAUCCUGCCCAACAUCAUCCUGGGUUUGUCGGCUCUUCCACAAAGGCUAUUUCCACGUUCUAGUCGUCUCGGUGGCAUCAACGCCGUUCAUUGGCUGAUUUCAAUCAUCCCACUUAUCAUCUCAAGUUAUAUCGCUGGCCCUAAAAGAUCAAUCAGCGGAUCCAUCACAGGCCUUUCUACCGAGACGCUCGUCUCAUUAUACCCUUUGCAUAACGCCUUACUUUCACCCUUGCAUUAUCUCACUACUACAAGUCUACUAAUAUCCGAGCUGCAUUUGCUUUCUGCGACUCUGAUCAACCUUCUUUUGCUUGCGGCCUCCCCCCAGGCUGUGGUCCUCAAAUCUUGUCUCUGGAUCGGUGGCGUAAUAUUCCUUGUAUUUUGCGGGCCUGUACUGAACUGGAACAUCACGCUCGCGAGAGUGCCCAAGUGGAAGCUGAGGCGGCCAGGGCAUGGAAAAGAGGAACGUCGAUCUCUCGUGGACUCCGUAGCGGACCUCAUCAAUAUCCAGCGAGCUACCUCUGCCUUUCGUGCCUCAACAUCGGAUCGUGCGGUCGACAGCGAUGCCGAUGAAGACGAGCCAAAGAUUUCGAUGAAGCUCGCAGCAAAGCCCAUCGUGCGUCGCAUCAACACCACCGUCCUUUUCCCGCUCUAUGAUACACUCACGCAUGGUCCACACUCGGCAGUGGAAGACCGAGGAUCCACUCGACCGACUCGCCCAAGAAGCAGUACGGUCCCUGAGCACGACAUGAGGGGGACUUUUGAACCAAAGGGUGGCCCUGGGCGCUCCAAGUCCAGGACCAGUCGUGCACAGUGGUAUCUUCAAUUGACACCAGAUCAAGCCUUCAGGCGUAAGUGGAUCUACGCCACUUUCACAUACGUUUGUGUGCUCAUCGCCAUCCUCGGCCCUGUCCGCUCGUACAUUACAUGGCGAUCACUCGCAGAACAGGAACCGAUCGGUUGGGCACUCGGCUAUAUGUUCGGCCAGAUACCGUUGGUUCGCACAUUUGUUGAGACGCUGGGCAUCGAGACCUGGGCGUUCCUACCACAACAAGCGGGUGAUUGGACAAGUCUACUCCAACACUUUCAAACUGUGCCUCUGGACAUCGACGCCAUCCGCGAUGUGAUCGGCGCUUCGAAUGUCAGGCUUCUACUGCUUGGAUACUGGGCAUUUGUCUUGCUCGUAGGCCUCCUGGUCGUCUUCAGCUUGACCGCGUACGUGGAAGUAGACACUCGCAGAAAAGUCUUCCAUGGCGUCAUGGUCGCCAUGCUUGCACCCACGAUCUUUGUGGAUCCUUGCUAUUGUGCUCUGGCACUCUCUCUUGUCCUCACGGUCUUUCUGCUUCUCGAAGCUAUCCGUGCGGGUCAGAUUCCUCCGCUGGGAAGCGCGAUUAGUCGUUUCGUGGCCCCGUACGUCGAUGGCCGCGACCUGAGAGGUCCAGUCGUUGUCAGUCACAUCUUCUUACUCAUCGGCUGUGCAGUGCCGUUAUGGUUCUCGCUUGCUUCAAUGCCUCGUACCGGCGGAUUGCCAUGGGUAGGAUGGGAGGUUGGUAGCGGCACUCGCGAGACGGCCAUGGUCGCAGGCGUCAUUUGCGUUGGCAUGGGCGAUGCUGCGGCUAGUCUGAUCGGACGAAGAUACGGGAGGCACAAAUGGCUCUGGGUCGGCGGCAAGAGUCUUGAGGGGAGCGCAGCUUUUGCAGCUGCUGUCACCAUCGGCCUCAUGGCUGUCAAGACUUGGCUUGUGCUGGGAGGUUGGAAAGAUGGUGGUCGUGCCAUCACGGGCGGUUCUCCAGAUGCACUGCUGUUUGGCUGGACGGUCACGCUAUUCAAGGCAUUCUUCUGCGCAUGUGGCGCAAGUUUCAUGGAGGCAGUGCUCACGGGAGCGAACGAUAAUGUCGUAGUGCCAAUAGCUUUGUGGUUGCUCGUCAAGGGCACACGCUUGUAAGACAUGAAUCUUGAUGAUCUGAUCAUUUGUCGGGUACAAAACAAGUGAGUAUUAGAGACGCGACAUUUACAGUUGCGGUGUACGACGAGACAGCGUGAUCACUUGGACUUCUCGCUGGAUUCAAUAACGUUCAAGAAUCUAUCAUCAUCCGACUCGAGACCAGGUGAAUACGAUGUAGACCAGAUCGUCUGACCAAAGCAAUGUGCAUCGCCUGCCAUGGCAUCUCUCUAUUACGGCCUCACUCUGUAAAGAGACGAUGGCAGUUCCAUCGCUUGA